GACGUCACAGGUAGAGCCCGCCCCCAGCCGCCCAGGACUCCUGUUAUAGCCGCUGCUAGCCAGGGCCCCGGAAGCUGCCCCUCUCGGGGGUCAUGAUGGGCAGCAAGAUGGCGUCUGCCAGCAGGGUCGUUCAGGUAGUCAAGCCACAUACUCCAUUAAUAAGGUUCCCUGACAGAAGAGACAAUCCUAAACCCAAUGUGUCAGAAGUUCUGAGAUCAGCAGGACUACCGUCUCACUCUUCUUCAAUUUCACAGCAUUCUAAGGGAAGUAAAUCGCCAGACUGGCUGAUGCAUCCGGGUCCACCAGACACUGCAGAGUUAAUAAAAACUUUACCUCAGAAGUACAGAAGGAAACUUGUAUCUCAAGAAGAAAUUGAAUUUAUCCAACGUGGAGGUCCAGAAUAAUCACUGACAAUGUGGCUGCUGUUUGUUUAAUCAGACAAAGAAGAGUCUUUACAGUGAAGGACUUCCAGAAUGACAAAUGAGAAAUUGUACAUUAAACAACUUUAAUAAAAUUUCUGUAAAAAAAAAAAGUAUAGAAAAUUUAGGACACUUGUAUCUCCUAAUUUAUGUAUCUUGGUCAGCUUCUCCACAAGCUUACCUGAUUGUUUAUAUACUUUAUACUUAUUAAAGUAUACAUUUUUAAAUGUUAGCCUAUUAAUUUACUCAGAUAAUCAAAUUAUCAAGCAUUACAGUGUUGAACUAUUAAAAGUACACAAUGUCUAGUGAACAAUCAUAGGUUUACCAUAAUUUCACUUCUCUUUCAGUUUCUGUUUAAACAUGGAAAGAAUAUAUCCGGCAGAAUUGAAGCUUUCUGGAAGUAAUUUUCCUGGAAUUGGAUAAGGAUCAGUGAAAUAAUGACUCCAUUAUUUGUUCUUAAUUCUCUCAGUGUUUUUGCAUUCACAACGUUACUGGAGAAUAACUGGCUCAAUAAGCAUAUCGUACUCUAAAUAAUAAAAAUACAGCCAUGGUAAAACAGAUGCCUUUGUGGUAUUAAGACUAGGGAGUUAACACAAAAGAUUAUGUAACCUGUGUUCAGAAAAAAAUGUCAGUAUCAAAUGGAGAAUAAGAGAUCAAAAUGAAUAUAGCAUAGGAAUAACAUUUGACCAGAAAUUUUAAGUUACUAUGUUUUUAGGGGUGUUAAGAAAGUCUUGUUCUUUGGUUUAUUUUACUGUUUUGAUUGUGAUCAUGUGUACAAAUCCUGACAAGCAUAAACUUUCUCAAACUUCA